UCUCCAGAAAUUGCCUGCCCUUUGCAGCUAAUAGAACACACAUUACAUACAUACACAACACACACUUCUGGUACACCAGAGUUUUCUGAGCCCUAGUACACACACACACACACACACACACACACACACACACACACACGCAGCCUACGAGUGGGUUGGAUCUUGGAUUUUGCCAUUUCUUACUAGGAAAUACCCAGGGACACACCGAAGGAGUGUUUCCUCCCCAACUGUCAACUCUGCCUUCUUUUUCCCAGCUUCUCUGGAAGAGAAUGCGUCCCGCCCUCCAGAUCCCUUGUACUCCUCUCUCUGUUACGUUUGCCCCUCCGGAUCCAUCUCAACGGUGAAAACCAGAUCAUGGGAGAGAGACAGCAAGCGGCUGACUCCGGACUCUGAGCAUUUUGCUGAGAGACCACAUGCCCGGGCUUCCAGUUUGGUGGCCCGCUGCUCCCUGCUCCUCUUCCCUUUCGAAAAACAGAUCGCCUGCACCAGGGAGUGUAUGCAACUUCUGCUAACCCGAGAUCAGGUCAAUUGGGCAUCUGGCUCCUUAUCAGAGAAACCCAAAAUGAAUAAUUCAACAAGCCCAAACUCAACUAACAAUGGAAUGGUUCUUGCAAGUCCUUAUAAAACAGUCGAAGUGAUAUUCAUUGUACUGGUGGCAGGAUCACUCAGUUUGGUCACCACCAUUGGAAAUAUCCUGGUCAUGGUCUCCAUUAAGGUCAAUCGCCAUCUCCAGACUGUCAACAACUACUUUUUAUUCAGCUUGGCAUGUGCUGACCUCAUCAUAGGCGCCUUCUCCAUGAACUUAUACACUCUCUACAUUGUGAUUGGCUACUGGCCCUUGGGGCCUGUGGUGUGCGACCUUUGGCUAGCCUUGGACUAUGUUGUCAGCAAUGCCUCUGUUAUGAACCUACUCAUCAUCAGCUUUGACAGAUACUUUUGUGUCACCAAACCACUAACCUAUCCAGUCAAGAGGACCACCAAAAUGGCAGGCAUGAUGAUUGCAGCUGCCUGGGUCCUCUCCUUUGUACUGUGGGCACCUGCCAUUCUCUUCUGGCAGUUCAUUGUAGGGGUAAGGACCGUGAAGGAUGGAGAGUGCUACAUUCAAUUUUUCUCCAAUGCUGCUGUCACCUUUGGCACAGCCAUUGCCGCCUUCUACUUGCCUGUGAUCAUCAUGUCAGUCUUGUACUGGCACAUAUCCCGCGCCAGCAAGAGCAGGAUAAAAAAGGACAAAAAAGAAGCUGUGGCAAACCAGGAUCCAGUCUCUCCAAGUCUGGUCCAAGGCAGGAUUGUUAAACCAAACAACAACAACGUCCCCACCAGUGAUGAUGGGCUGGAGCAUAACAAAAUCCAGAAUGGCAAAGCCACCAGAGAUGCAGUUACUGAAAACUGUAUUCAAGGGGAGGAGAAAGAGAGUUCCAAUGAUUCCACCUCUGUCAGUGCUGUGGCUUCUAACAUUAAAGAAGAUGAUAUAACCAGAGAGGAAAACACAGUUUCUACCUCCCAGGGUCAUUCCAAAGAAGAGAAUUCCAAGCUGACAUGCAUCAAAAUUGUCACCAAGACCCAGAAGGGUGACUGCUGUGCUCCCACAAAUACCACUGUAGAGAUAGUUGGUCCUUCAGGACAGAAUGGAGAUGAUAAACAGAAUAUUGUUGCCCGCAAGAUUGUGAAGAUGACUAAGCAGCCUGCAAAAAAGAAACCUCCUCCUUCCAGAGAAAAGAAAGUGACCAGGACUAUCUUGGCUAUCCUACUGGCUUUCAUCGUCACCUGGACCCCAUACAAUGUCAUGGUGCUUAUAAACACCUUCUGUGCAACCUGUGUUCCCAAUACAGUAUGGACAAUUGGCUACUGGCUCUGUUACAUCAACAGCACCAUCAACCCUGCUUGCUAUGCUCUGUGUAAUGCCACCUUCAAGAAAACCUUCAAACACCUUCUCAUGUGUAAUUACAAGAACAUAGGAGCCACAAGGUAAAAAGGAUCAAAGAUGAGAGAGGGAAACCAAGGGAUUAAUCAAGAGGAUAGAAAGGGAAAGUCAAUUCCCAGUUUUUAAAACUUUGCCAUAGCACUUUACAUGAUCAGUAUGAAAUGUUCAACCAAGGAAAGCAGUGAAGACACUCAUGAUGGAGCCUCUGCUCUCCCUUUGGAGAAUUGCACUUUAAAAAGUCUUUGCAAUCCAAGAGCAAUGAGGAAGGGGAAGGAGCCAAUAGACAACAUGGAUUUAAGUAAAUGUUCCCUGUUUCCUGACAGCAUCACACAGAAGGGCUUUCGUGUCUAUAGUUUUGUCUGUUCCUGUACAAUAGCAAUCGAUUCUCUCGUUUUUUAAAUUUAAUUGGGAUUAUUUGUUCCUGUGAGUCUAUCUGACAAUAAUAUACAACAUAUACUGACUUUUAUUGGAAAUUAGACACUAAAUAUAUAAAUAAUAUAUUAUGAAGUAAAAAGGAAAGACAACGGGAUAGUGAUAUCAUAUUGUGCAGAUGAUCUUCAAAGCAUCAAGCUGAUACAGUGGCUUUGUCAGGGUCUUAUAUGGAAAACUGAAAUGUAUCAUAUGUGCAUUUAUCCAUCCCUACAUCUUUCACUUUUCCAAAAGGAAGCUACAAAGGGAGGAGGCCAAUAUCUUCUUUAUUUUGCUGUGCCAUCAGGGUACUGUGUUGCUCUGCUCUCCCUUUGAUUGUAUCUCUGUCCCCAUAGGGAUGCCCCUACAGAGUUUUCACUGAGCUUAGCUGCCCAGGCAUGGGAAUAAAUAUGGGGGCUCCAUGAUGCUCAUUGUACCUUUUGGAUUCUCUUGAGGUAAUAGUCAAUGGAACUUUAAUUUCUUUGAGCUCUUAUGUGUAAUAUCUCCUAUUGAGCUGGAUUUCAUCUCAAUUAGCUUCUAAUUUUGUUUUUAAAAAAACCUGUCCAAGGCAGGAUGGAGAAUUAAAGCCAUCUGCAAAAUGAAGGGUUUCAUCAAAUUAGUCACCAGGCAGUUUGGUUGGAAAUCCCAAAAAGAAACCAGAUCAUUUUAGAAAUGAGGAAAUAGAUAGGGGAAAUUGAGGAUAGAGCAAGAGAAGACUAUUUCCAAUAGAUAUAAACAUCCUGUUCAGGAUCUGCCUGACAUGAGAAAUCUUAACCUAUAAAAAGAUGAGUUCUUUGUUGCUGUCAGUCAUGAAGAGACUCCGCUUCCUCCUAAACUGGCUUAACAUGGCUGCCUCAAAUCUCUCCUGGUUCUAGCCUAAGAACAAAAUAUUUCUAAAGUCCUUCUUGUCUGCCAGUGCCUGUCAGCAUGUUAAGUAGAGUUGGAGUAUCUAUUUGUUAAAUUAAAAUACAAAAUGAGAUAGAUAUUUUGAUUCAGCCCAAGAGAAUGGAAACAAAAAGACAAAUUCCAUUCUAGUCACCCUAAAAGCAUAUUAAAUCUGCUCCAAACCACCAGUUCCUUCUACAUUAGCUCAGCUACCCCAUCCUUCUAUCCAAACAAUAAUUAUAGUCUUUGUGUUGAUAAUAAAGAUUAUAAUCAAAAUGAGGACACGGUGAACUCAGAAGGAUCUAAUAAAUAAAUGUAGGUGGGUUUCCCUGUUUCAUCUUCUCACUAUCCCCACAGCUCCUGACAUAAACAAAGGCACAGCAGGAAUUUCAUUGUCCAGAGUUUCUGCACAUAGGAUCCCUCCCAUUAAAAACUGCUGGAUGCUAAUCCAAAUAUAUUUACUUUUGUGUUGACUGUCAUUAGCAUAGUGUGAACUUAAUCCCAAACUUUUCCCUACAAUUAUAUAUGAUAGUUUUUCAAACCAAACUUUGAAAGGAUAGCCUUUUAAAUUACAGGGGAGUUUCCAUUUUAAGAUAUAUACUUAGUGUUGAAUUUUGCUGAGUUUCACAUUUUUUGACUACAUCAAACAAUGAUAACCUUAGCUCCUAACAGGAUGAUGGUGAAUCAUUCAUGUAUAGCAUAGUACACCCAGGCAGAAUACAAAAAAGACAACUUGGAGACUCUUGACGACAUACACUAAUCAGUUCAAAUGUUAUUUUUAAACAACAACAACAAAAAGAAAACAAUCUCAUUGCUUGACUAAAUUGAACUUUUCGAAGUAACUACCUGUUUGAUUGACAUCAACUUGUUUUAUGUGUGUAGAUGCAAACAUUUAAUUAAUAUAAUUUCCAACACCAUAAUGUUUCAAAGUCAAACUUUAAUUCUCUGCUUCAGUUUAUUCAAGAUAUAUCAAUGAAUAACUGAUAGAUGAAAUUAAAAAAAUCACACAAAUGAACCAGUUGCUCGACCUUUGCAAACAAUGUAACAGUCUGGUUGAUUGAGGAAUGAAAUAAUGGAAAAAUUCUUCAUUCAAAGAUUGAGGGUUCAAGAUUCUGGAUAUAUGUUGAAUAUGCUGACAACUCAUCCUGGACUCAGAUGCUUCCUGAUCCUCCUACAGUGUGGUUCAGCAGAAAGACUGCUGGAUUUCCUGUAGGUUCUAAUGAAUAAUAUUGCUACUUACUGAUAAAUAACAUUCAUCCCUUUCACACUUUAGUUACAUUAUCUCAUUUGUGCCUCUUUACAACUCUUGAGGUAUGUAUUAUAGGUGUUAUUACCCUUGUUUUAUAGCUGAGGAAAAGUGAGGCUCAAAGAUUUUGAGAAACUCACCCAUGAUCAUUUGACUAGUAAUUUGAGAGGCAGGAUCCAAAACCAAGUCUUCUUGGCUUUAAGUUCAUUGUUCUAUCCAUUAUCCCACAAUACCUCUCUACAUGUACUACCUGGGUGACCUUGGAUAAACCAUUUAACAUCUCUGGUCUACUAUUUCCUCAUCUAUAAAAUGAUGGUGUUGAGCUACACAAAUUCUGAAGUCCCAUGUAGUUCAAAAUUCAUGAUCCUGAGAUCUCCCCCACCCCGCCCCACUGGUGUUGAGCUCAGGAAAAAGGCCUUGCUAACAGAAAGAUAAGCAGGAUUUUCAUGAAAGAGUUAGUGACAGAUAUGAGGCUUUUCUCCAAAUGGAGCCAGAAAAAAAGAUGAAGAUGGAGGUGGAAACCAUGCAAAAUGGAAAGCUUUGGAGAUAAACAUGAACAAGCUAUCUGAAAUACUUUGUUUAAUAUUCAAGGAUGUAUCUGUUCACAGAGAUCUCUAAAACUUGGAAGAAAGGAAUCUACCAUUUUCUAAACCACAAUGAAAAUUUUUCAUUUUGCUAAAGAAAACUCAUGCUCAUCUAUUAUCUCUUGCAUCUACUACUCUCCAUUGAGUCCAGUGUAUCUAUGAGAAAUUAACAUGGUAGAAGCACAGACCAAACCAGGCAAAGCCAAUCCCUUCUAACCCUUUUGGCCUCUCUGGAUUCCCACAGAGUGGACUAAGUUAAUUAAUUCCAAGAAUUAGAAUAUUGUCUCCAAUUUGGCAAACAGGAAGAAAUAGUUCCAAGAUAUGAAGGAAUUGAUUUUGUGUCCAUAUAUCCCCACAAUUUUGUCGGAUAAUAUGAUGACUUAAAAAACAUAAUGAAGCAAAUACAUUAAAAUGUUUAGAAAUAGAAAUUGAGUUAUGGCCACAGGAAGUGUUUAUCAGUGGAUGCAUUGUUUUCUGUCAGAGUUACAGCUUUAUUUUUCCUGAAUAUUAAAUAUACAGCCAAUAUUGAUGGCAGUAAGAGUUGUCUCUUUUCUACAAAGUUGACUUUUCCAUUAAAUUCUAUUUGUUCUAGCCUCAAAGCAAUAACCUGAAGAACUAAAAUAGGUUUUGUUUAGGGCACAUGAAAUGGAUUAUUUGAGGAGGGAAUGUUCUCCCUUUACUCCUUAUCUCACCCAUAUCCUUGUUUAAUCUCAGUUUUAAAGAGUUAAGCCAUAGCCUCUACUUUAGCAAACACUGAGAACAGACAGAUGUGGAUUUAGUUUUGGGUUCCAUACAGUCUUAUUUUUCAUCAACAACUUGUCGUUUUGUAACCAAGACGGUUUCUUAGUAUGGGUUGAAACACAGAGACAACUGUUCAAAAUGAUGGCUGUAUGCAUAAGGCCAUACAUAAGGCUCUUCUAGAAAGAGUCUCAGAUUAACAGUCUGUCUUCACUGUAAUUCAUUCAAUUCAACUAAUCCUUGUCCUCUGCUUUAAUAAUCUUCCUUUCCACGAGCAUAGCACUAAAGUUACAAAUAGAGAAGGAAAGCACACAAUGCUGGGUAAAAUUGUGCAAAGUGUAUUUUCAGCAUGUACAUACAAUACUGGGCCUCUUAAAUAUGCUUAUCUUAAAAGGGUGCACGCUACAGCAUGAAUUGUGUGCAUAAUUACUGUAUCCUACUGGAAUAUGCUGUAUGCAUACCAUACAUACCCUAUACAUGAAGUAAUAAAAAUGUACAAUAGAUAUACAUAUUUCUGUAUGCAUAUGAAUACAAUGUGUACACACAAUUUUAAUAUGUAAUAUGGUCCAUAUUGCAUAAAGAAAUGUAUUGAUCUGCUUUUUAAGUAGCUAAAGUAGAUGUUGAUGUAUUCAUUAUUAAAAAGAAAUAGUAUUUGUUUUUAAAGAAAGACAGUUCAUUGGAUAAGGCCAAAAUCCUACCUAUAUUAAAAUUGUUUUAUAAUCUGAGAUAGCAUGGCAUUGAUUUUAAAUAUCUCUUAGAAGAAAAAAAUAAUAAACCUUUACUGAUCUAGGUAAAUGUAA